ACGGAGAGGAGCCGGGCCCGGACAGGAAGCGGCGGGGGACCGCAGCGGCGCUGGUGAGUGCUUCGGGGCGCCGUCUCGUCGCGUCCCUCCGGGACUCGCCUCCGGGCUGGGUCCGUGGGUUCCCCCCGCCCCGAGGAACGUAUCCGCCCGGCCCCGAGGUACGUUGGCGCCGUCCUUCUCCGGCCGCCUCGGCCGGGCUGUGCGCCCGGAGCCCUCGGGUUCGAGUCCGCGUCUUCACUUUGUGUCGGGGCUCCGGCCCUGGUCCGGGGAACCCCGGAACCCUGUCAAUGGCCGGGCGCUUCCUGCUUCCUAUCCCCCACGGCGGCUUCGUGGCCAGUAGCGCGGGACCGCCUCCUCCUUCGCCUGGGGACUCCGCUGGUGGAAACUGAGGCACACAGGGGUGGGGCUGCCGAAUGGGGAAGGAAAAGGAGUGUCAUCCUGCGGAGGAUUGUGGUUGGUGACGAAACUGGACUUGUCUGGGGCUGGGGACUGAGAAGUCGGGUACAAAGUAAGAAAGUUGAAGUCAAAGACCAUGGGAGAUACAUCAAAACCUUACUUUGUGAAGCGCACUAAAGACCGUGGAAUUAUUGAUGAUGAUGAUUUCAGAAGGGGCCAUCCCCAACAAGAUUAUUUAAUAAUGGAUGACUAUGCUAAAGGCCAUAGCAGUAAAAUGGAAAGGGGCCUUCCAAAAAAGAAGAUAUCACCCGGGAACUAUGGGAACACCCCCAGGAAAGGACUGUAUGCGGUUUCCAGCAAUCCAUAUGCAUUUAAAAACCCAAUUUACAGUCAGCCUGCUUGGAUGAAUGAUAACCACAAAGAUCAAAAUAAGAAAUGGCUAUCUGAUGAACUGGCUGGUAAUGCCGACAGCUGGAGAGAGCUCAAGCCUGCACCUAGGAUUCCUGUCGUAAGCCGGUCAAGGAGAGAAUCUUUUCAGGAAAGUGAGGAUGCCUACAGGUGGCAGGAGGGGAGAGGCUGCAGAGCGGUGAGAAGGCUGUUUCAGAAAGACCUCAGCAGCCUAGAAGCCAUGUCAGAAAUGGAAGCAGGAAGUCCUGAAAACAAGAAACAGCGGUCCAGACCUCGUAAGCCACGGAGGACUAGAACGGAGGACAGUGAGCAGGACGGAGAUCUGGAUGGUCCCGUCAUCGAUGAAUCUGUCCUUUCAACCAAGGAGCUGCUGGGCCUCCAGCAGGCUGAGGAACGGCUCAAGAGAGACUGCAUCGACAGGCUGAAAAGGCGACCACGAAACUGCCCAACAGCAAAGUAUACCUGCAAACUGUGCGAUGCUUUGAUUGACUCCAUCCCGUUUGCUCAUAAGCACAUCAAGGAGAAGAGGCACAAGAAGAACCUUAAGGAAAAGCAGGAGGAAGAAUUGCUCACCACACUGCCCCCGCCAGCGCCCUCCCAGAUACAUGCAGUUGGCAGCGCCAUUGACAGAGUGGUGCAGGAGUUUGGUUUACACAGUGAAAACUUGGAUCAGAGACUAGAAAUUAAGUGUGUCAUGGAAAGUGUGUUCCAGCACAAGCUACCAGACUGUUCCCUUAGGCUGUAUGGAUCCUCCUGUAGCAGACUGGGCUUCAGAGACUCUGACGUGAACAUUGAUGUUCAGUUUCCAGCUGCUAUGUCUCAGCCAGAUGUCCUCUUACUUGUUCAAGAAUGUUUAAAGAACAGUGACUCCUUUAUUGAUGUUGAUGCUGAUUUCCAUGCCCGGGUCCCUGUGGUGGUGUGCAGAGAUAAGCAAAGUGGCCUUCUUUGUAAAGUAAGUGCAGGAAACGAAAACGCUUGGCUGACCACAAAGCACCUAACGGCUCUUGGAAAACUAGAGCCCAGGCUGGUUCCUCUGGUGAUUGCAUUCAGACACUGGGCAAAGCUUUGUAGUAUUGAUCGCCCCGAAGAAGGAGGCCUACCACCAUAUGUGUUUGCUCUGAUGGCUGUUUUCUUCCUUCAGCAAAGAAAAGAACCUCUCUUGCCAGUUUAUCUAGGAUCAUGGAUUGAAGAAUUCUCAUUAAAUAAAUUAGGGAAUUUCAGCCUUAAAGACGUUGAGAAAGACUCUGUGGUCUGGGAGUACACUGACAACAGCACAGGGGACACCAGCUCAGCCAAAGAGGAGGCACCCAAGGAGACUGCAGCAAAGAAGGGACAGGUGCCAUUGACAUUUAAUAUAAAACAUCAGCCUUCAGUGCCAGUCGGGCAACUCUGGGUGGAAUUGCUGCGGUUCUAUGCUUUAGAGUUUAAUCUGGCUGAUUUAGUGAUCAGUAUUCGAGUCAAAGAAUUGAUAUCACGGGAAUCAAAGGACUGGCCCAAAAAGCGUAUCGCGAUUGAAGACCCCUAUUCUGUUAAAAGAAAUGUGGCAAGGACCCUGAAUAACCAACCUGUGUUUGAGUAUAUACUUCAUUGUUUGAGGACAACAUAUAAAUAUUUCGCUCUUCCACACAAAGUUACAAAACCCAAUCUCACAAAGCCUCCUAGCCCAGUCACCUGUAUUUCAGACCCUUACAAAGAAGCAAAAAAUGGUGGCCUAGAGCCCCAAGCAACAAAUAUUGAUAAACUGGGAAAUGCAGCUGUGGCUCAAGAUCCUGGUGUUCAAACCUCAGGUGCCUGCAGAGCACAACUACUUCCUCUUAGGAGUGCCACUGAGGAGUUGGGAAGCCCACCAAAGGAGAAGACGGGAGGUGUGCACAUCCCAGCCCACCAGGAGAGCUCUGGCUGUGUCCAGGCAGAGGCCAGUUGUGAGGGUUUGGAGGAUGCCACAACAGAGCAUCAGGAAACAGGAGGUGACAACGAGGGAGUCAGAAGGAAGACCAAGCAUCCUUUGAGCACUGAUGACUGUUUAAGCAGCAGCAGGCACCCAGAAUUUCAGAACUGUGACAGCAGCCUGUGUGGUCUCCAGGCAGACAACACUCUGGAGUUAGUAGGGCUCUGGAAUGCUAGAGCUGAAGAGUGUAAUAGCUGUGCCUCUUUGGACGACAAGGCUGAUGUCAAUGAAGAGAGCACAGAAGGCGCUGAGGAACUAGAAGAAGAAGCUCUGAGUUGCUUUUCCCCUUCAGUCCAGGGCCGAACAUCAUCAGCCAUGCACUUUGAUGAGGGAGAGGAAGAAGAGGAGGAAGAGGAGGAGGAGGAGGAGCCCAGGCUCAGCAUUAACCUUACAGAAGAUGAGGAGGGAGUUGCUAAUGAACAUCAGGUGGACAGCAGGUAUGCUGGGUCAGGUGAGGAGGAUGCCCUCUCUGAAGAAGAUGACUUUGCUGAGCCUGCUAAGGAUGAAGAUCCAGGAGAAUGUGGAGAACACAUGGGUGGGGCUCUGCUCAUAGACCUAAAUAGAAUAACGCUUAAAGAAGAAAGCUUUCCUGAGGAAAAUUCACCUGGGGAGCAGCCUGAGUUCUUCUACGAAUUUAGAAAACUGACUUUCACCAAAGGCAAGUCCCCCACAGUAGUGUGCAGCUUGUGUAAGCGAGAAGGCCACCUAAAGAAGGACUGUCCUGAGGACUUCAAGAGAGUCCAGCUGGAACCGUUGCCACCCCUGACACCCAAGUUCUCAAACAUCUUAGAUCAAGUCUGCGUCCAGUGUUACAAGGAUUUUUCUCCAACUAUUGUAGAAGAUCAGGCUCGUGAACAUAUCCGGCAAAAUCUAGAAAGUUUCAUAAAACAGGAUUUUCCAGGAACUAAAUUGAGCUUGUUUGGCUCCUCCAAAAAUGGAUUUGGGUUCAAACAGAGUGACCUUGACGUCUGUAUGACGAUUAACGGACAUGAGACUGCUGAGGGGCUGGACUGUGUAAGAACUAUUGAGGAGCUGGCACGAGUCCUCAGAAAGCACUCAGGGUUGAGGAAUAUCCUUCCUAUCACAACAGCCAAGGUGCCCAUCGUGAAGUUCUUCCAUCUAAGAAGUGGUCUGGAGGUGGACAUCAGCUUGUAUAACACACUGGCGCUUCAUAACACAAGGCUCUUGUCUGCAUACUCAGCCAUUGACCCCAGAGUGAAGUAUCUGUGCUACACCAUGAAAGUGUUCACAAAGAUGUGUGACAUCGGUGACGCAUCCAGAGGCAGCUUGUCAUCCUAUGCUUACACUCUUAUGGUGCUAUACUUCCUCCAGCAAAGGUCUCCACCUGUCAUCCCCGUGCUUCAAGAGAUAUACAAAGGUGAAAAGAAACCAGAAAUACUUGUUGAUGGCUGGAAUAUUUACUUUUUCGAUCAAAUAAAUGAACUGCCCACUUGUUGGCCAGAUUACGGAAAGAAUACAGAAUCUGUUGGGCAGCUGUGGUUGGGACUUCUACGCUUCUACACUGAGGAGUUUGACUUUAAGGAACACGUAAUCAGCAUCAGAAGAAAAAGUCUGCUUACAACUUUUAAGAAACAGUGGACCUCAAAAUACAUCGUUAUUGAAGAUCCCUUUGAUUUGAAUCAUAACCUUGGUGCUGGAUUAUCGCGGAAAAUGACAAAUUUUAUAAUGAAAGCUUUUAUCAAUGGUAGAAGAGUAUUUGGAAUUCCAGUCAAAGGAUUUCCAAAGGACAACCCCUCAAAACUGGCAUACUUUUUUGAUCCAGACGUCCUAACUGAGGGAGAACUGGCCCCAAAUGACAGGUGCUGCCGAAUUUGUGGGAAAAUCGGGCACUUCAUGAAGGACUGUCCCAUGAGGAGGAAAGUGAGGCGACGGAGAGACCAGGAAGAUGCCCCAAACCAAAGGUACUCGGAGAGCAAAGAAAAAAGAAGCAAAGAAGACAAAGAGAUUCAGAACAGGUGCCCAGAAAAGGAAGUGUCAACAAUAGAAGAGAAGCCCACACCGUGCGCAGCUGGGAAAGCCAAGCCAGUGAGGGCAGCUGUGGACCUUGGUCGGGAGAAGCUCCUCAGGACGCCAGCAGAGAAGUGGAAGAGACAGGAUGACAGAGACUUGAGAGAAAAGCGUUGUUUCAUCUGUGGAAGAGAAGGACACAUUAAAAAGGAAUGCCCACAGUUCAAAGGCUCUCCAGGUUUGUGUAAGUCAGAUUAUGUGUCUGCGUACUCUUCACCUAACCCUUUGAGACCAGUUGCUCAGGCAGUGCUUUUACAUGAAGACAAAAAGAAACAAAAAACAACCAUAUUUUUGAGUCCCCAGUCAGGUAGCCUUUCCAGUAAAUAUAUGACUCAGGGAAGAGCCUCAAUGAAGAGGACCCAGCAGGAAUCAUGAGGGAAGGAACUGCAGCACUGGAAAUGCCACUCAGGUGUCCUGGCCACUUGGGAAAUUAGGUUCACGGCACAGGACACAGUGACACAGAUCAGGCUUCAACGUAACAGUUGAGGGGCAUCGUAAUUUUUUAAAUUUUAAUGAAAUUGUUAAUGAGGAAAAGAAAAAUUUUAAUAUAGUCUAUAACUAUACCACCCAUCCCCAGAGAUUUGAAGAUUUUAAUAGAAAGUCAACUUAAAAGAAAAAUAUAACUGAGGGCCAGUAUUCAAUGACUACAGCGUCAUGGAUUUUAGUUCUUUCAAAGCACUCUAAAAAUAGUGUGCUGCUCACCAGAAGAGUUAGCCCUCUUUCCCCUACACAUCCCCUUUUUGAUUUCCAAGAGGGGGGGUCUCUCUGUUGUUACUGGAUCGUGGUAUGGACGCACAUCAAGGACAUGUGGACUACACUGCUGUACAUAGGGUCUACAAACAUUCUUCAUGGCUCUUUGUAGAAAUGAUAGCAUGGAAUGCACCUGUCAGUGUGGGCCUCGGUGGACGACCGAAGCACCACUGACAUCUCUGAGGGCUUCCUUCUCUAAGUAAUUGACAUAGAACUGUUGUGCUCAUAAAAAUGACGUCAUAAAAAUAAGUAGUCCUUUUUUGCUGGUUUAAAAAAAAUUAAAGGAGAAAAGGACAGAAUAAAAGUGCUUUUUACUUUUUAUGAUACUCAGAAAUUAGGGUGGAGAGCUUUUACAAACCUCUGAAGAUCAAAGAGGCUGCUGUCUCUGCCAAUCACAACUUUGGCAACCUUCUGGUCUGACUGGAGCCCUCUCUAAACUGUUAAUGAACUUCACAAGCCUUUCUGAAAUAGUACAGAGUCAGAACUAUGCCAGUUUAUUUAUCAUUUUGAAAUAAAAUCGAACUUUGAACGUGUAACUUUAUCCAGAUUAUUUUCUUAUGAGUCAUUAGAAAAGUCAAUCAAAGCUCUGACAGUACAGAUCUCCUUAAUAGGGUGCCCAUGCUGUUCAUCUGGGGUGUGUGAGCAGGAGACUGGGGGGUGGAGAGAGCCUGCUAAGGACAUUGGCACAAUGAGGAGGACUCAGAAGAGGCAUAUAUGUGUGAACUAGACUCUUGAUAGUCUAGUUAUGAAAGAGUCAUGUCA